UGCUGGUGCGUCUAACCGGCGCUCUGUUUUUACGUACUUCCGGAGCCCCUCCCGCGACCCGAGCCUGCGGUAGUUUUUAGUUCUUGUGGGCUUCGGGAGAGCGCUGUUUCGGCUGUGUGGUCGUGCCGCUUUCCAGGCCUGACGCUAUGGGAGUGACCUGUGUGUCCCAGAUGCCUGUGGCCGAGGGCAAGAGUGUCCAGCAGACCGUGGAGCUCCUCACCCGAAAAUUGGAGAUGCUUGGGGCAGAGAAGCAAGGAACGUUUUGUGUGGAUUGUGAGACUUAUCACACGGCUGCCUCUACCCUUGGAAGCCAAGGUCAGGCCGGGAAGCUGAUGUAUGUCAUGCACAACUCGGAGUACCCGUUGAGCUGCUUCGCCCUCUUUGAGAAUGGCCCUUGCCUUAUUGCUGACACCAACUUUGAUGUGCUCAUGGUGAAGCUCAAGGGCUUUUUCCAGAGUGCCAAGGCCAGCAAGAUUGAGACUCGGGGCACCCGUUACCAGUACUGUGACUUCCUGGUGAAGGUGGGCACUGUGACAAUGGGUCCCAGUGCCCGGGGCAUCUCUGUGGAGGUGGAGUACGGCCCCUGCGUGGUAGCUAGUGACUGCUGGAGCCUGCUGCUUGAGUUCCUACAGAGUUUUCUAGGCAGCCAUACACCAGGGAUUCCUGCAGUGUUUGGAAACAGACACGACGCAGUCUAUGGCCCAGCAGACACCAUGGUCCAGUACAUGGAACUCUUCAACAAGAUCCGCAAGCAGCAGCAGGUGCCAGUGGCUGGGAUUCGUUAGUGGCUGGCAGCUGCUGGCCAAGCUUUGUCACCAGAGGUACUCCACAGGAGGAGGUGCUGCCCUCAGGUCUCUGGACCCCAGAAAUCUAGGGCAGCCAUGGAGGCCUCUCUUCCUUUCCAGUUCCCAGCUGUGGCCUUUGUGGGGACUCUGGACUCCACACCCUUGACCCUCACACAGCCCCCCAACAGCCAUUUUGCCCCAGGCCUCACUGGAUUUGGCCUGUCCUCAGGAAUGGUAUUUAUGAAGACUGGAGAAGUUUGGACCUCUCCUGCUUUAGGGGAAAAGGUAGGACAGGGGUGCCCCUGCCUAGUGUUGGUGGGGAAAUCAGUCUGGACCCACAACAGAUGUGCUGCGUUUCGUGUUUGGGCCAUGCAGGAAUAAAAAUCUCUUCCUUAACUCAAAGGAUGUGGCUGGAGAUGCAGGCGGAAGCACAGCUUGUUUGAUGCCUGUCAUUUUCUGACCUGUUUGCCAGAAACUGUGAAUUGACUUUCCUAGGGUGUUAGCUGAGUUUUUGAGCUCUCCUGUUGAUGUCUUUCCCUUCUGUCGUGAUUAUGUUAAGCCACAGGCUAAACUCUGUCGUAGCGGAGAACCAAAAGGACUGUGGCUCUUACUAGGUAAAAGUUUCUUUCUCCUCUGAUAGUACACAGGUAAUCAGAUGGUCCAGAGCAGAUUUAACUGUACCAGGUCAUCAGGAACUUGUUUUCCUUCUGUCUUGUUGUUCAGCUAUCCCUAGGGUAUUAUCCUUACCCACAAGAUCAAAGCAGACUCCUCAGUUCUGUGUCCACAUUCCCCUGGGAAAGAGGGAAGAGAGCGGCUUUUUUUUUUAGAGCAUAUGACCUGGAGCGAUUCAAGUGCUGGUGCCACACUUUGCUGGAAGGCUUCGCUGUGACGCGGAACCUUGCAACUGGGUAGUCAUGUGCCCAGUUAAAACUAAAAGAUGAAGGAGAAUAUGGAUACAGGGACCCAGUUAGUGGGUUUUUGCUGUGUGGAGCUCCCUAGAUACAUCCAGGAAUGCUCUUUUACAGUGCUUUUUAUGGAACUAAGGCCUUUGGUCUGAGGUGGCUUGGAAUGAGGGCUGAUCCAGAGGCACUGUGAGCUUAGCUGGACAAGUCACACUAGGAAGUCAGCUCUGCAUCCCACACCAAACUCAGCCUUUCUAGUUCUCAUGCACCUGCAGCUCAGGGUUAGCUGAGCUAACCUGAGGUCAGCUGACGCAGGUGAUGCAGUGUAUUUCUUAAAUAAUUCCACAAAUACAGCACCCCUAGCAAAGGUAACUAAACUGAACUUGUGACUGUUGGGAAGGGCCCAGAUGUCACCUAGCUUUUGUGUACAUGUCUGAAGGGGACUUUCAGGAACAGUUAUGGGUAUAAUAGUGUAUAAUUUUUGGAAGUUCAGGUUGAAUCAAAGUUGAAGUUGAGGACUGUUUAUGAAUUUAAGGAAAAAGUCAUUACAAUUAUGUAAUAAAUGAUCUUUUUUAAUAAUUUUUUUUCUUAAGAUUUGUUUAUUUAUUUGAAAGGCAGAGUUACAGAGAGAGGCAGGAGAGAGAGUCUUCUAUCCACUGGUUCAUUUCCCAGAUGGUCGCAACAGCACCUAUCUGGACCCAAGAUCCAGGAGCUUCUACAGGGUGUCCCACAUGGGUGCAGGGGCUCAAGGACUUGGGCCAUCUUCCACUGCUAUCCCAGGCCACAUCAGAGAGCUGGAUCAGAAGUGGAGCAACUGGGAUUCGAACCAGUGCCCAUAUGGCUGCCGGCACUCAGGUAGCAGCUUUACGCACUAUGCCACAGCACCGGCCCCUAUCUUUUUUUAAGCUUUAUUUAUUUGAAAGGCAGAGCAAGGUGGGGAAGCGAGAGAAAGAGAGAAACUUCUGUCUGCUGGUACACUCCUCAAAUGGCUAACUGAGGUUGGUCCAGGCCAAAGCCAGGAGCCCAAAACUCCAUCUUGAUCUCUCAUGUGGGUGGCAGGGAUCUAAGCACUUGGACCGUCUUCUGCUGCUUUCCCAGGCAAAUUAACAGGGAGUUGGACUGGAAGCAAAGCUGCCAGGACUGGAACUGGCACUCUUGAUAAUGGGAUGCUGGUGUGACAAGCGACAGCUUAGUCCACUGUGCCACAAUGCUGGCCUCUAAAUAAAAUAGAUUUUUGUUUUUUAAAAAAUACUUAUUUUAUUUGAAAGGCAGAGAGAGAGGGAGAGACAGAGAGCAGGAGAUCUUCUGUCCGCUGGUUUACUCUCCAGAUAGCCAUAAUAGCCAAGACUGGGCCAGGCCAAAGCCAGGAGCCAAGAGCUUCUUUCAGGUCUCCCAUGUGGGUGGCACUUGGGCAUCUUCUGCUUUCCCAGGCCAUUAGCAGGGAGCUGGAUUGAAAGUGGAACAGGCAGGAAUUGAACUGCUGCCUAUAUGGGAUGCCAGCAUUGCAGUCAGCAGCUUAACCCACUACACCACAGUGCUGGUCCACAUAUCUUAAAAUCAGCUAGUGAGUGGAGGUGCGUAUCUUUUGAUUAAAAUCUUAUCUUCUGUCUUCUACAUGAGACUGUUUCUACCCCUUUUCUGCCUCCAAAUGCUUCAACCCUCUCCCUAUCUGUAGCUAGCAAAAAAGAACAGAAACUGGAAAGACUCUGAGACCCUGCUGCCAUGUAACCUUUUCUGGAACCACAGACACCUGCCAACCUUGAGCUGACUGUCAGAGCUGUGUAGGACAGCUUGAGAAUUCAUCUGAUUCUCUCCAUAAAAUGGGAAGGCUGGGGCCGGCGCUGUGGCAUAGCACAUAAAGCCACUGCCUGCAGUACCGGCAUCCCAUAUAGGCGCCAGUUCAAGUCUCGGCUCCUCCACUUCUGAUCCAGCUCUCUGCUAUGGCCUGGGAAAGCAGUAGAAGGUGGCCCAAAUCCUUGGGCCCCUGCACUCACGUAGGGGACCAGGAAGAAGAUCCUGGCUCUUGGCUUCGGGUUGGCGCAGCUCUGGCCAUUGUGGCCAGUUCUGGAGUGAACCAGUGGAUGGAAGACCUCUCUCUCUUUUUCUGCCUCUCCUUUUCUUUCUGUGUAACUCUCAUUUUCAAAUAAAUAAAUGAAUCUUUAAUAAAAAGUGAGGAAGGCUAAGACCCCUAGAGAGGUCACAAAGAGAUGAGAGUGGAGUCAGGACUCCUAUGUCUUAUUCUAAGUGUAUUAAGAGAAGAAUAUAAGUAGCACUUUAUUUCUCAGGAGCAGGGUAAGGUUUUUCUGUUUGUUCUUUGUUUUGUUUUGUUUUAUUUUAUUUUGUUUUGACAGGCAGAGUGGAUGGUGAGAGAGAGACAGAGAGAAAGGUCUUCCUUUAUCGUUGGUUCACCCUCCAAUGGCUGCCACGGCCGGCGCGCUGCGGCCGGCACACCAUGCUGAUCCGAAGCCAGGAGCCAGGUGCUUCUCCUGGUCUCCCAUGGGGUGCAGGGCCCAAGCACUUGGGCCAUCCUCCACUGCACUCCCGGGCCACAGCAGAGAGCUGGCCUGGAAGAGGGGCAACCGGGACAGAAUCCGGUACCCCGACCGGGACUAGAACCCCGUGUGCCGGUGCCGCAAGGCGCAGGAUUAGCCUAGUGAGCAGGGAGCUGGAUUGAAAAGUGGAGCAGCCAGGACUCAAACCAGUGCCCAUAAGGGAUGCUGGAGCCACAGGCGGAGGCUUAACCUACUAUGCCACAGCACCGGCCCCCCCCUAAUUCUUUUGCAUUCCUUAUUCCAUUGCCCAACACAUCCCUGCCCAUCAGAUAGGAUAGAACAAUUUAAGGGUAAUAUGUGUUCUGAAUUCUCUGUGGAAGCUUUAAAAAAGGAGAAUUUAGGUACCACAUUUAUAUAACCUACAUUGUUCAGAAGCCAGAAUUCAAUAUUGGAAAUCAUUUGUCAUGUCGGAAAGGGGAGACUGGUUUUGUGGAGGUGAUAGGUGUACUGAGGCAGCCUGCAAAAGGAACAGAAACACUGCUUUAGGAGAACAGGUGGCUGUGUGACAGCCAUAGCAUUGACCCAAACUUGCCAGGUAACUUCAGUCAGGUUGGCUCCCUCUGGGUUUCAUCAGUGUAGUGGGAAUAAUGAUGCUGCCUUCUGUAUAUCCUAGGGUUAAGGAGAAUAGAUACGAAGAGUGCUUUGUAAACAAGGAGAUGCCCUCUCUGCUCUUGUGUCUUUUUAAUGGUACUGGAGAUAGCAGUGUUUGGUUAGAACAUUUAAGAUGGCAGGUUCUGGGGCCAGCGCUGUGGCAUAGCGGGUAAAGUCACCACCUGCAGUGCCAGCAUCCCAUAUGGGCGCCAGUUCGAGACCCAGCUGCUCCACUUCUGAUCCAGCUCUCUGCUAUGGCCUGGGAAAGCAGUAGAAGAUGGCCCAAGUGCUUGGGCCCCUGCAAAUGCGUGGGAGAAGCGGAAGAAGCUCCUGGCUUUGGAUUGGUGCAGCUCCAGCCAUUGCAGCAAAUUGGGGAGUGAACCAGCGGAUGGAAGACCUCUCUCUCUUCCUCUCCCUCUCUCUCUGUGUAGCUCUGACUUCUUUCAAGCAAAAUAAAUAUUUAAAAAAAAAAAAAAAGGUGGCAUGUUCUACAGUCAUUGCUGCUAGGUAGCAAGUUAUAAUUCUUCCACAACACAAGCAGUACUUUUGUAAUAGAGAAUGAGCAGUGUGGAGAGAGGGUCCACAGAAAAUAUUGUUGUUUAGGAGUAUUUGUUGUAACCAAACCAAUGAACAUUUUGAAUGUAUCAUCUCUGGAAUAUAGAAAUAUGUAAGCUUAUUUUUAUUUAUAUGAAAGAGACAGAAGAAAUUUUCCACCUGCUGGUUCACACCCUGAUUACCUACAACAGCAGGGCUAGGCCACGCCAAAGCUAGAAGCCAGGGAUUCCAUCCAGGUCUCCUACUGGGUGAUGAGGACCCAAGUACUUAACCCAUCAUAUGCUGCCUCCCAGGAUACACAUCAGCAGGAAGAUGGAAGCAGAAGCAAGUCUUAAUUCCAGGUCACCUCAUAUGGAAUGUGAGCAUCACAAGGGGUGCCUUAAGUCACUGUGCCCCAACACCCCCAACAAACUUAAUUUUUAAAAAAAAUUUUUUUAGAUUUACUUAUUUAUUUGAAAGAGUUACACAGAGAGAAGAGAGGCAGAGAGAGGUCUUCAUCCAAUGGUUCGCUCCCCAACUGGCCGCAAUGGCCAGAGCUGUGCCAAUCUGAAGCCAGGAGCCAGGAGCUUCUUCCAGGUCUCCCAUGCAGGUGCAGGGGCCCAAGACUUGGGCCAUCUUCUGCUUUCCCAGGCCAUAGCAGAGAGCUGGAUCGUAAGUGGAGCAGCCAGGUCUCAAACCGGCACCCAUAUGGGAUGCCGGCGCUUCAGGCCAGGGUGUUAGCCUGCUGCGCCACAACGCCAGCCACCAAACUUAAUUUUUAAAGAUUUUUAUUUUAUUUGAAAGGCAGAGUGAGACAGAGGGAUAGAUAGAAGUUUCCCAUGUACUGCUCACUCCUCAAAUGGCCACAGUGGGCCAAGCUGGAGCCAGGAGCUUCUUCUGAGUCUCUGACGUGGGUGCAGGGGCCUAAGCACUAGGGCCAUCUGCUGCUUUCCCAGGCACAUUAAUGGGAGCUGGAUCAGAUGCAGAGCAGCUGGGACUCAAACAGGUGUCCAUAUGGGAUGUCAGCACUGCAGGUGAUGACUUAACCCACUAUGGCACAACACCAGCCCUCCUGGAACUAUUUUUUAAUGCUGUAUAUUGUGUUGCAUUCUUAAGCAGUUGUGUUUUUAAAGAUAAAGCUCAGGGGUCAGCGACGCUGGCAUCCCAUAUGGGCACCAGUUUGAGACCUGGCUGCUCCACUUCCAGUCCACCUCCCCAGCUAAUGCGCCUGGGAAAGCAGAAGAAGAUAGUCCAAGCCCUUGGGUCCCUGUACCCACGUGAGAGACUCAGAGGAAGCUCUAGGCUCCUGAUUUCAGCCUGCUGCAGCCCAGGCUGUUGUGGCCGUUUGGGGAGUGAACCAGCAGGUGGAAGAUCUCUCUAUAACUCUGUCUUUGAAGUAAAUAAAACUUAAAAAAAAAAUAAAGUGCAAUUCCUGAUUCUAUUUUGCAGUCCUCAUUGAUGAACCACCUAAUUAUUAACUCUGAAGCUACAAUACACCCUUUUUUGGUAGUUAUUCUUUCUAUUCCCAUGUAACUCAUGAUUCUCAAACUUGUUCUCACAACCUCGUGAUGUUUUUAAGAUGCAUUGAAAGGGCCAGGUGUUGUGUAGCUCAGCAAGCUGCCACUUGCUAUGCUAGCAUCUCAUAGCAGAGUGCCUGUUUGAGUCCAGCUGCUCUGCUUCCAAUCCACCUUCCUGCUAAUGCACCUGGGAAGGCAGCUGAUAAUGACCCAAGAACUUAGGUUUCAGCCACCAAGAGACCCAGAUGGAGUUCCAAAUUCCUGGCUUCAGUCUGGCCCAGCCCCUGGCUGUUGUGACCAUUUGGGGAGUGAAUCAACAAAUAGAAGAUCUCUAUCUCUUCCUCUCUCUCUUAACACUCUGCCUUUCAAAUAAAUAAAUACAUCUUUAAAAAUAAAAAGUGGGGCCAGCGCUGUGGCGCAGUGGGUUAAUGCCCUGGCCUAAAGUGCCGGCAUCCCAUAUGGGCGCCAUUUCUAGUCCCGGCUGCCCUUCUUCUGAUCUAGCUCUCUGCUAUAGCCUGGGAAAGCAGUAGAAGAUGGCCCAAGUCUUUGGGCCCCUGUACCCAUGUGGGAGACCUGGAAGAAGCUCCUGGCUCCUGGCUUCAGAUUGGCGCAGCUCCAGCUGUUGUGGCCAUCUGGAGAGUGAAUCAGUGGAAUAACAAUAAACUCAUCACAUGUUAACAUACAUAAAAUACUUUUAUUGAAAAAUAACUUUCUAGAUGAACUUUAGUGAUGAGUGGUAUUUAUAUUUUGCAAAUAUCCUGAAUAUUUGGUAUUAUAGAAGAUGGUUGGAUUCUGAUAUCUGCUUUUGCAUUCAAUCUCUUGUAAUAUGUUGUUUUGGCUGAAGAAUAUGAACAAAAGUCUGGCCUCACAUCGAUGUGUAUUAUUUGGAAAAGGGGAGGAGUGUAUUGAUAAUCUUUUGGAUAGCCUUUGAUACUGCAUUAAAACUCCACUGGAGAUUAGUUGCAGUAUGUGGAAUAUAAAACUAUAUCAAAAUAAAUGUCUUAAUAUUUUA